UGGUCACAGCUAGCCAUGACGAGGACUUCUACGUGCAUAUACCACUUUUUUGUUUUGAGCUGGUAUAUUUUCCUCAAUUUUUUUAUCUCACAACAAGGAGAGGAUCGGCGGAAAUCCAAAGUCUUUCUAAAUGGUGGACAAUGGAAGUACUUAACAUUCCUUAAUCUGUUCUUGCAGGCCAUUUUCUACAGGGUGGCCUGUCUGGAAGAUGUGCUGAAAAGAGCUAAAGGGAAAAAAGACAUUAAGUUCAUAACUGCCUUCAGAGACCUGCUUUUCACCACACUGGCUUUUCCGAUAUCUGCAUUUGUAUUUUUGUCAUUCUGGAUCCUCUUUCUCUACGAUCGAGAACUCGUUUACCCUAAGGCCCUCGAUGGUAUCUUUCCAGUGUGGCUGAAUCAUGCAAUGCACACGGCUAUAUUGCCCUUCUCUCUGGCUGAAGUCAUCCUCAGGCCACACUGCUAUCCACCGAAGAAGAAAGGACUCGCCUUGUUGGCUGCUGCUAGCCUUGCUUAUGUCAGCAGGGUACUAUGGAUCUACUCUGAGACGGGUACAUGGGUGUAUCCCGUGUUUGCCAAACUCAGCCCAGCGGGUCUAGCAGCCUUCUUCUCUCUCAGCUACAUCUUUAGCGUCGGCAUCUACCUAUUUGGAGAGAAGCUCAACCACUGGAAAUGGGGGUUUCUCCAGCCAGCUCUCAACUCCAGCUCCUCCUACUACUUCUGCACUGUGACGCGUACUCAUGUUCUUGUACUCAACUACAUGCAAAUCUUAUGGAGACUGCCAUCAUACCCAAGAGAAACCCAGCUCCCUCAGGGCUCCGGCUCCAGCCACUCUGCCCUCACCCCCACCCCCAACAAAGCAGUGACAGUCAUCGAGCACAGCAGCAGCCCUGGCUUGUACCCGGCUCUGGCUCUAGCCCCCUCCAACUCCAGGCCUACCUCCCACCAAGGCAGUGGCUACCAGCACACCCUGGGGGAAGAUGCAGAUCAUGCUCACCUCAAAUCCAGCUCUCCCACCAAAGCCACUGGGCUCACGCAGACUGCACAGGAAUGGUCCCACACGAGGACAUGA